AUGACUGAUGCUCAGAUUGCCGGCGGCCACAAGGCCAACCUCAACAAUCCUCACACCUCCGACGAGUCCAAGGAGCACUCCAAGAAGGUCCUCGAGAGCGACUACAACGGCGGAGAUGUUCCCCGUUCCACCGAUUCCGGUGACAAGAACCCCGGCAACGUUGCCGGUGGACUCAAGGCCACGUUGAAGAACCCGAAGGUGUCUGAUGAGGCCAAGCAGGCGGCCCAGGAACGCCUCGACCAGAUGGAGUAA